AGAUUAUUGGUGCAUUAGUGUAAGGUGCCGGGGGUAACACCGCCUCAGUCACGAUUGGGGGCUCACACGACCUUAAAAUAGGAUAUAUAACGCGCGGUGAAUGGGCGAUUUAAACGACAGAUGUUCUUGGGGAGAUGAAAACUCCAGUCACCAGCUGCGAGAAACAAAGAUCACCUCAAAGCAAACAAAGAAACCCCUUCCCCAGGUCUAUCCGGCGAAUAAUGACAAUUCCUCGUGUGGAGGGGUAAAGCGGACGCAAGGCAGACUUGAAUGUCCCUCCAGUGAUAGACAAAGGUCUAAUACAGAAAAUCUCUUGUAAUGUGAACAGAUUUAGGGAACUGGACGUAGGAGAUGUUAUCAGAAAUACUGGCUCUUUUUGUUGUCGUUGCUGCAAUACUAAGGUGUACAGUUGUAGGAGAAUCUGCCUUUAUCUGUACCAAAAAGGAAGCUGGAAAACAGACAGUUGAGCUUCGUUGCCCCACUGGAACCGAAAUACAAAUCAAGGAGGCGGUCUAUGGCAAGAACAAGUGGCGACAGUGUGUUUAUACCGUGGGGGACUGCACAGAGCAUAUAGACAUUUCCGAGGAGUGCUGCGGCCACCAGAACUGUAACAUUACUGUGUGGCGGAUUUAUUCCAUCAAAUGUGAAUACGUCACUUUCUUUCGCGUCAUUUACGAAUGUGUGGAAGAGGGUGACGCAGAGUGUGAAGACGAAGAGGACCCAGAAAAAUACGACCCGGAUAUCCUAGAUAUUACGUCACAUUUCAGAAUACCAUUGACGUCACCUAAACUUCAGACAUCCAAAGCAAUCACGCAGAAUCAAAUUACAUCAACCAAUCGUCUGUCAAAAUCCAUUGGCAGCGAUCCAAUUCCAUCUUCAGCUAUGUCAACUUCAACUGAGGAGGACCAAUCAAAUGGCGGACUAACAGUGAUCGUAUUGUCUGCUGUUGCAAUAGCCAUUUUGUUGGUGUGCAUAAUUAUUGUCGCCUUCUUUCUUAAAAAGUUUAAAUGGCAAGGGGAGAAAGAAUGCAUUUAUAAUAUAUUCGCCGGAUGGUGCAAACGUCAUCCCCCUGACGGAUGUGAAAAUCCAGAUGCUGAGCAGCCCCCUAUGUCACGUGAUGUGACAUCCCACACAAACAAGAACGAUGUAAAUCAACAAAACCGGGAAAACCUACAAAAGCAGAAAGUGGCUACAUCUACCACAAGAACUGUUUCGCGUGAUGUUAAUCAUAAUGAUGAUUGCGUCAGUAGUCAAAAGAACUCUACAGAAGGUUCAAACGAAGAGAACCAUUACGUCAUCUUUGAGAGUAUUAAAGGAGAAAAGUAUAGUAACCCAGUGCUCCAGUCUCUGACUGCCGGACGUGUAGUCCUAGACCAAAAGGCUUAUAACGCCACCCCUGUGGUCUCAGAGGGGCCGGGUACCACUGCAGUGUAAAUAUUUAAUCAUAACUGUGUAAAGCACAUAAAUAAUUCUACCUCUGUGAAGACCUUUAUAGUCUUGGUAUCCACAAUAUGUUCACGGGAUAAGCUUUAUACCAGCUAUAUAUUCCAACACUGCCAACCAAUAUGUACACUGUACUAUUUUAUAAUCCUAUCCAUUAUAUAUUUCUGUAUCAUUGAAGAUGUGAUCAAAGUUUUACACUUUAUAAUCAGCGUGUACUUCUUUAAUUGGACAUUUUCUCAAAGAAAAAGUUGCUGGGUCAUAUCAUAAGAACGUAAUACUAGUACCGUUUAAAAGGAAUUGAAAAUUUUGCCCCCCCCCCUCCCCCUUCAGAAAAAUAUAAUAUCCCAGGGAAAAAUUAAGAAACAACUUUGAUCGGGACUUUUAUCAUGUUCAAUCAUGCAGAACUUUCAAGCUAACCGACUUUGUUUGAAAGAAAGACUGAUAGUAAUUAGAAUGAAUGAUGUUUAAUGAUGCAUGAAAUUAGGAUGAAUGACCAAAGGAGUGUACGAAAUUCAGUGAUAGAUUGAGCUUUGUAGUUAGAUUUGAAACACGCUAAAAUUUUUUUUACGAAUAUACAGCCAUAAUUCUACAAUAUUUCGGAAUAUUAGUCAAUAAAUGAUUAAAAUACUUGCAAAGAAAGAUGUUGAGGAGAUUAUAAUCAAAGAAUGCCAUAUGUUGUGUAAACACAGGACUAUACGACAUUUUGCUUUGCUUAAUAUUUAAGAUGACAAAAAUCUAUAGAUGAUUUGUCACUUUUGUGUCUCUCUACAAAUGAUUUGUAAAUAAUUUUAUGCAUAAUUUUUUC